UGCAACUAUAUAUAAGUAUAUAAAUUAUAUAUGUACCUAUGAGCAGUUUACAAGUUGACUGUCGAAUGAUCCGUCGAGGCCAUACGUACGUAUUUGUGUCUUUAGCAACUUAUUUGCAUAUUUUCAUUACAUCGUACCACAAUAACUCUUUCGUGAAAAAUAAUCCAAAAGAAAUACACUGAACGUUUUCCCAUCUCGAUAAAAUGGAUUUCUCCUCAUCAUAUCGAAGCACAAGAAAAAGAUGCGCCCGUUAUGCGCUAGUUUUUUUCUGUCUUAUACUAGCCACACAGGUAAUCUUCAAUUAUGUAUCUAAAAAGACAACGAGAGGAAAAUUCGUUUUCUAUAGAAACUACAAGGACGUAACAGCGACCAAGCAAAGUCGGAAGGCUGAUGAUAUGUUCUUGCAGAGGAGUGUCCAUUUGUUUGACAAUGGACCACAAUUUGAUGCCUCUUUCUCGCCUCUGUAUUAUAAUAAAUCGGGAUCACAAUCUUUCGAACAUUCAUCACAGAAAUUCUUUGGUUCUGAAAGAGUUAUACCGAACGUAGAUUGUGGUUUGCUGUUUGAACAGAAUGACAAAGAAAUUAAGAGAGUUCGUAAAAUGAGGGUAAAAAACAAAUCGCAGUCGUUUUGCCAACAAACAAAAGCAUGUGAAAAUUUCAUCAAUACAAAAGGAUACAUUAUGGAUUCGUUAACAGAUGAGGAGAGGAAUUUUCCGAUUGCCUACAGCAUUCUUGUUUAUAAAAGCCCAGAACAGUUUGAAAUUCUUCUGAGGUCAAUUUACCGUCCACAAAAUAUGUACUGUGUUCACGUAGAUAGAAAAACAGUUGAAUACGUCUUCAAUGAAUUUUUCUGCAUCGUACGAUGCUUUCCCAAUGUGAAGAUGGUGUCCAAAAGAAUUGAAGUGAAUUGGGGAAAAAUAAGUGUUUUAUUACCAGACAUCACAUGCAUGAAAGACCUUUUAUCAAUUCCUAAAUGGAAAUAUUUCAUUAACUUAACUGGACAGGAAUUUCCCCUUCGUACAAAUUAUGAACUGGUAAAAAUAUUGCAAAUUUUUAACGGUUCAAACGAUGGAGAAGGCACCAUCAAAAGGGCAAACAAGGAAAGAUGGAAUAUUACUGAAAAACCUCCUCAUACUAUCCAGCCAGUCAAAGGCUCUGUCCACGUGACUUUAAACAGAAAAGUUGUGGAAUACGUCAUCAAUCAUGAUGUAGCUGCCGAUUUUCUUACAUGGGUGAACAAAACAAGUAUUCCAGAUGAGACGUUCUUUGCAAGUUUGAUUCAUAAUCCUCAGCUGGGAAUUCCGGGAAGUUUUAAAGGAGAUCUGGAAACAGAUGUUGGCGUAAGAAAGCCUUUUCUAUCACGAUUUGUAAACUGGGAGGGCUUAUCAAAUCAUCGGCAGUGUCAUGGUAAAUAUGUUCGAUCAGUCUGUGUGUUUGGAGUUGGGGAUCUUUCUCUAUUGGCUCGACGACCAGAAUUCUUUACCAAUAAAUUCCACACAGAUUACCAGGAAGCCGCUUUGCUUUGUAUGGAUCAGUUAAUAUACAACAGAACCAGAGAUGAGUAUUAUCAACGGUUAGGAUUUGAUUUACAGUAUUAUGAAAAACUACCACAUAUCAGGAACAUCAUAUAGACGUUUGAAAAUGUGAUAAAAAGUAUUUGGACGGUUUUUUGUAUUUUGUAAAUUGUUACUGAUGACAAUGAUGGAAUGUGUAUAAUAAAAUAUUUAACG